AGAGCUGCUCAGACACUCGGCCCAGGUUAGGGAGAGGUGGCCCGUCCAGCCCCACGCGCGACCGCGCCCUCCCCCCCAGAUGCCACCUCCCGUGGGGACCCAAGAGGCUCGGGUUGAACACCCAGCCGGGAAACUCUGGCCCAGGCCUCGACCAGUCCUGCUUCUGAUCUGGAUAUACCUAUGCUGUGGUCUGGAGGGGAGGACUCAGGGAAGGUCUGAGUCCAGUGAGUGGACGUCCUGGGGGGCUUGGAGCGGCUGCUCCAGCACUUGCGGGCAGGGGGCUUCAGUGCGCAGCCGGAGAUGUGUGCGGAUUUCCCGGGAACAUGCCUGCGGGGGAGAUUCUCACCAGUACCGCGUAUGCAGGCUCCCUGAAUGCCCCUCUGGUGCCAUGCCCUUCAGGGAGCUGCAGUGUGCCCUCUACAACAGUAGGCCUGUUCUGGGUGACCAGGCCAUCUACCAGUGGGUCCCUUUCUAUGGAGCUCCCAAUCUGUGUGACCUGAACUGCCUGGCAGAGGGCCACACUUUCUACUAUACCUUUGGACGAGUGCUGGACGGGACGCCCUGCAGCCUGGACUCUGAUGGGCUUUGUAUCAAUGGCCGAUGCCUUACUGCAGGCUGUGAUGGGGUCCUGGGCUCCGGGAACCAUGAGGACAACUGUGGGCAAUGUGGUGGCAGAAACAGCUCCUGUCUCUUCGUCCAGCGUGUCUUCAGCGAGACCACCCCACCCUCCGGUCAAUCAUAUGGCUACUGGAAUGUGACCCUUAUUCCCAUUGGUGCCCGGCAUAUCAGAGUCACUGACAGGAGCCGCAAUUAUCUGGCACUAAUGGGCAGUGAUGGGCGCUAUGUUUUCAAUGGAGACUGGGCCGUUGACUGGCCAGGGAUCUUCCAGGUGGCCGGGACCCAGGUCCACUAUAGUCGCACCAAUGACCGAGAUGAGAGUCUGUGGGCAGCUGGGCCCACAGGUGAAGACCUCCACUUGCAGGUUCUCUUCCAAGAGCCCAACCCAGGCAUUGAGUUUGAGUUCUGGCUGCCAAGGGAUGCCUAUUAUGUCCUGCAGAGCCACAGCAGUCCUCUAAGGCAGCCACAGAUUCGGGAGGUGGAGGUGGGGCCCCAGGAGGCUGCCCCAUCCUGGACUCAGCCAGCCCCCUUCUCUCCACCUCGGGAGCAGCCCAUUGAAACAGAGAGCUGCAAGCCAUGUCCAGGUGCCAAGGGACGGAGCCAGCGUCUGCUUCAUUACUGCAGGAGUGACUUUGUAUUCCGGGCCCGGGUCCUGGCACGGCUCCGUGUAGGUGAGGAGACCCGGUAUGACAUUCAGGUGCAACAUUCCUACAAGAACUGGACCCCACUAGAGCGGAGGGAGUUCCUCUGGGCCCCAGGGGCCUGCCCCUGCCCCCUGCUGGUCCUUCGAGCGGAGUACCUAGUGGCCGCCCAGCGACACAUCAACUAUGAGGGUACCCUGGACCGGCUGCUGCUGCCCCAUGCUGGCUAUGCCCGGCCCUGGACUCCCAGAGAAGACGCCCGCAUCCAGGAGGUGGCCAAGCAGUGUCCCCAGGCCCCACCAGCAGGCUGAGGCUAUCUGCCUAAACUCUAGAGAGGGCCAUGCCUUGCCCGCCCAGUUGACUGCCCCCAAGAGAGGACCAGGCUGGGCCUAUCAAGAGUCCCUGGAAAGGGCAGAUCCAUUCUACAAUAACACUGCCCGGUAUGGUAGCGCUCCAGGGGGAUUCUUCUGGGUCAUGGGCAUAGGGGAGCCCAGUCUACAUUGGUGCCCAUAGUUACCCCACCUUCAGGAGGAGGCAGAAACUAUAAGGACCAGAACUGGCCUCUGCUUUGUGGCCUCCCUCUGGACCCUGAAUUUUCUCCAAUCUUCCAGCCUGUAGGGUACCACAGGGACACACACACACACACACACACACUCCAAGGAGUGGAUCUCUCUCCCAUGGGCACAUAUACACAUGGCACAAUACAGUAACACAAUUUGGAUACAGCAUACAAUGCAGAUCAAGUCAAAGGCACGAGGCAUCCAAAUGCAAGCAGCACGCAAUUUUCAAUCAUUCCUUCCAGAAACACUUUGUAAGCACCUACUAUGUACAAGGAAGGGCCUCUGCUGGGGCCAGGGAUGGAUACACAGACCCUGCUCCUUAGGAGCCUACAAUCUAAUAGGGGUACAGACAUUUACACCACUUUGAUGAGGGAGAGUGAGAUCAUGGGAAAAGAGAGAGUAAACCAGGCAAAGUGCCAGGAGAAAUUUGAAGGAGAGGUUAUCCUGACCUGGGGAAUUAGGGAAGGAUUCUGGGAAGAAACACCACCUGGGCUGAGCCUUUAAUAUUUUAACAGAAACUAAGAGGAGGAAAAGAAGCCCCUCUAGGAAUGGGAGACAGCGUAAACUGGGGCAGAGCUGGAAGAAGGCAAGAUGAGACCAGGGCACAAGAAUGGGGAGCCAUCCAGACUGGCUGGGACACAGUCUGACAACUGGAAAAGUAGGUCAGAGCCAAGUUGUGGAAGACCACGAAUGAGAGGCCCUUUUGAGCAGAGACAUCACAAGACUGGAGUCAAGGAAGACUACCUUGGUAGCUCUUGGAUAAUUUGAGACGAGAGGUUGAAAUCGAACCAGGAUCAGUUGAAAGGGGGUAGAGGGGUAGAGGGAGGAUGUAAGAGCUUUAAGGAGACAGACUCAAUUAGAUUUAACAAUUAAUGUAGGAUAUAGGGGAAACACGUGCCUUGGCAACACAAAUGUUGGUGGGGUGUAUAGCACAUAAAUUGUUUUUCAGACA